CAUGAACGGAGUGUGUAUUUGUGUGCGACACUAUGAAUGUGUGUGUCUCUGUGUCCGCAAGCACAUUCCUGUUUGUCUGUUUGUGACUGUGUAGGCUUAAAGCCCCCAUGUCUUAUGUAAUAAAGUAUUGCAAAAUCAAUAUUUGGCAAGGACUUGACAGAUUGUAGAUUUUGGCCUUUCCAUCCUACUCUCAACCCCUAGAUAAAACAGCUUUGCUUCGAAACCAUGGGGCGAUAAUGAAUAAAUUGUCUUUUAAACACAGCAUCAACUGGUAUGUAUUUUAGUAAGUUUCCUAUAGUAGUCUAAACUUAAGAGUUGUGUGAACAGCAAUUAAAAAUUUAAAAAAUAUUUAAAAAAAAAACAUUUAAAAAAUCACAUUUUGUUUAACAGAAGCACUCUGUAAUGCACCUUAUAUAUAUAUAUAUAUAUAUAUAUAUAUUAUGGUGACGUUACUUGCAAUGAUUGACGAGUAUUGUUUAUGUCCAAUCACAGACGUCCAUUAAUAGUUAAUAGUAAAACACGACUUAUAACUUUUGCAUCACAAUAUAAUUAUUACUUGAAUACAGCACAUCACAUGGAAUAAUAUCGCUGAAGAUCAUAGUAAAAUAUAAGUUUCACAUUGUGUAACUUCUUCGGUACAUUUUACAAAUCAAUAUUAAGAUAUUGAUCAAUAACUAGAAUGAACAUGGCCAGCGUCGAAGAUAAGAAAUCCCUCCAGACAGCACUGUCCGUUACUUCUAUCCCAUAAUUCCUUAACUUCCUGUUAUUUCUAUUCUACGAAACAAUACAUUAUUUUACGAAACAAAAUUGAUAUCUGAGUAUUAGAUCUGUGACACACUCUAAAAGGAUGUAAUUAAAAUUCAUUUACAUCUUUUUAUCUGUAACGUUAUGAACAUAGGUUGUUCUCUCAUCUAAUACACAAUACACUCUGUACAGAUUGUUUGCAGGUGAAGCCGAAAGAGUUUUGUCACGCGAGGGGAUAUGAAAGGGGGGGGGCAUGUCCUUAAUUUUACCAACCUCAAAGUUAACAAGAAAACAUAAUGCAUUCAAAAUGCAUAUAAAAAAGCUAUAUUAAGCGUAUGGCAGAAGACCGAUAAUGCCACCAAAAAAAAAAUUAGUGUCACAGGAUCGUACCACCAGGUCAAACUCCGCAUAUGUUGAAUCAUUCAUUACAUCGCAUUUAGCAUUAUACAUUACGUCAUAUAUUACAUUUUUUCAUUACAUCAAAUAUUUUAUCAUAUGCUAUCGUUCAUUACAUGACAUAUUCCAUCAUUCUUUCUGCUUGCCAAGGUAAGACUUCUAGUGUAUUCUGCUUGCCAAAGUAAGACUUCUAAUUCAUUCUGCGUGUCAAAUUAAGACUUCUAGUUCCUUCAGCGUGCUAAAGUAAGACUUCUAAUUCAUUCUGUGUCAAAGUAAGACUUCUGGUUCCUUCAGUGUGCUAAAGUAAGACUUCUAAUUCAUUAUGUAUGUCAAAGUAAGACUUCUAGUUCCUUCAGCGUGCUAAAGUAAGACUUCUAAUUCAUUAUGCAGGCAAAAGUUAAGACUUCUAGUUCCUUUAGCGUGCUAAAGUAACACAUUUCGUACGAAGUGAUAUUAUAGUUUGCUGUUUUCCCUUUUUCAGAUCCAAAAUAAAGAAAUACAUUAAUUUACCCCUUGGCAUUUCUACAAUAUUUGCUCAAUCAGAAGACCGCUUUGUUAAAAAUGCUGAAUUUUUUGUUGUUGGUUUUUCAACAUGCACAAGUGUUAAAAAAAAUAGGGCAGUACUUGAGUCGUGUUUAUUUAUGUUGCUACUGAAAAAAAGUAUACACAUAAAAACGAAACCAAAGCUGUUAAUAAUCCUGAAUUGAAUUACAAUAUUAAAAUUACAAUAAAAAAAAAUUUAUAAAAUCCAAUACACAAGGAUAACAAAAAUUAACAUCAACUAACAACUAUAAUCCCCCGAAUAUACAAAUAUUCGUUUAAUAACAGUUCGUACUUCGAACGUGAAUGUAACCAAGGCGUCAUCUCGUGUAGUCACCGUGACUUGAGCUGUAUUUAUUUUAAAGUGAGAGUGAGGCGCUCGAUUCGUCAGCCUCACUCUUUCGCACUUGCUUAGUUUGAUCUAAUAGCAAGGCUCGUUCAAGGCGACUGGAACUAGACCAUGAUACCGUUCAUGACAAGCGGUAAGGCUUGGGGCCCAGUGGGCUCUUAAGCGUUCCCAAAAGUCGUCAGAAUUUUCAUCGUGUCAAUGCCAUAACACACACGGCACUCUAUGUACGGGUUUAAUUGCAGACUUUCCUUUCUAUAAGGUUAUUUGCCAGCAGAAGUUAACUGGUCCCAUCUACCCGAGAAGUUGGUGUUGUUUUUGCUUGUCUACGAUGCGGAUUGGUUAAGUAUAAAUGGUUCAGCCACCCAGCGCCGUGGAUGUAUAUUCACAAUAAACAAGGAGUACAAUUUUUUAGGCUACCAUUAAUAAGAUAGAUAAGAUACGUUUCCUUUUUGGAUCGAAAUGCAUGGAAAUGUUUUUGAUUACAUUUUACAUAUACAUUUUCAGCACAUAAGCAAAUACACAUUUUAAUAAAGUAAAAAAAAAAAUCACAGUUUACAAGUAAAACAAUUUAAACAUUAGACUACAAUUUUAAAUAAUUUACAAACCAGCCAAUCAAUUCGUUCUCUUAGUCAUAAAAGGGACUUAAUUAUUAGUGAUCAUUUAGAUUUUGUGCCCUCGGGGGGAGCACUCUGGUAAGGCUUCCAUUGACACGUCUCGUGCUUAGGAAACUUGGUAAAAUAUCUCUCGGCUGGGAAAUCUGCCGGUUUGUUAAUAAGGAAAAAGAUUGAAUCGUGCAGAAAAUACAAGCGUUCAAAAAUAUGUCAUAUUAUGUAUUUAGUUUAGUAAUCACGAUUUGUUUUAUGAUUUGAAAUCCAGUCUGAUCAUGUCCUACACCAUCAUGAUGCUACAGGCUUUAGUACUUGGGGUUCUCACACUCCUGUGCAGUGAUGCCAACGCACAAACAUCGGAACGACAGGUCGAUGGAAAGUAUUUUCUAAUUUAGUGCAUAUGAUCUCUAAAUGAAAAAAAAAGUUGUUUCGCAUUUUAAAUUUAAAAAAAAACAACAAAAGAAAAACUAUGGAUAUUGGCUCUUUCUCUAAAUGCUCUAAACACCAUGUUUAUUUAUUUAUUUAUAUUUUAUUUUCCUUUGGUUGUGGCGGAUUUAGUUUGGAAAAAAAAAGGGUUGGGGGGAUGAGUUAUUUUUUGUCAUUAGAUUCAACUUUUUCGUACCUUGUCCCACUUGGAGGCCGGUAUUAAAUCAAAGCCUAGAUUUUUUUUUUUUCAAAUGUCAUUCAAAUGUAGUGAUUCGAUUUCAAUUCCAGAGUCUUACAUAUUUGCCUACUUCAAAGUCGGAUUCGUAACUAUUUAAAUAUAACAGAAUUGAAUAUACCCAAUUAUUUGAGAGUCUUAUUCAUUUAACAUUAUGUAAUCGUAUAUCCUAACUAUUUCGCAGUCGUUUAGAGUUGAAUAUCUCAUGCCUUAUCUCGAUAAGUAGUACGGGGUAUACAAUAUUUCAGAUUUUGUCCUUAUAUUUCACAGAGGUGUGUCGGAGGAGUGUCGAUGUCGCCAUUGUUGGGGCGGGGCCCGCGGGAGCCUACGCCGCCUACCGACUCCGGAACCAGAAGAUGAACAUCGAGGUGUUCGAAUUCUCGAACCGUAUCGGGGGCCGGCUGUACACGUCAUACCUACCAAAUGCCCCGGAUCUGCCCAUCGAUUUCGGAGCUAUGAGGUACAAACCAGAUGUACACUCCACGGUACAGGGAUUGGUCGACGCAUUUGGUAGGUUUUCUUUUCUUUUGUUUGAACGUUGCCAAUGUUACAUUAAUAAGUAUUUAUUAUCAGUGGUAUGAAGAUAUCAAUUUCUUUAUAAUGGUAAAGCUAUGGACAUGACGUGAACGUUGACAAAAAGUAGAAUUAAAAAAAAAAAGAAAAAAUUAUCUUUAGGUAAAUUAUGCUGAAAAUAUAUAUCUUUAAAAAAAGAUUUACAGUCGAAUAAAGAGCGAAAAAUUCUAAGAUGCAGAGGUAAAAGAAAAACAACUUGCGUAAGAUUAGAUACUUUUAAAAGAUAUUUAUUUCAGUUUAAAAAGAAAACUAGCUAACGAACCCGUGCUUCUCUUCAAUGCCGGGUGGUCUUUGAACAGAUUUGUGAAAUUUAUAAAUACUUUAUGCAGUGUUUAUACUUUUAUUUUAAUUUUUUUUAAUAAAUUUUUUGUUUAUCUCCUUAAACAUUCAUUAGAUUCGAUAUAUAUAAAACGGAAAAUUUAUUGAAGUAACUCACUUUCGGAUUUUAAGGGGCCGAAAAAAAAAAAAAAAGAAGAAGAAAAAUAAAUAUGGUAUUGUAACGGACUAUGUUUUCACAUGUAAACUGAGAGGUAGCAUGAGUGGACAGUGAGUGUGUUCACCAGGUUUUUCCACGGGGAGAGACAAUCAAUGUGGAUUGUAUUUUUGAGAACAAAUGUGAACUCCACGUUUUUGGAGAGUAAAAUUAUGUUUUGUCAGAGCGGUCGUUUUGCACGCUUUGCUGGUAAUAAAGUAUGAGUUGACUGAGAUAGUAGAGAGCUGAGCGCAGAGCAGUAGAGUCAGUCAUUAGCGUGAGAGCUGUGAGAUUAGACAGUUGAGCUGAGUUAUAGUAGUCUGAGGACGUGUCUUUCUUAAUGAUGGAAUACUAUAGAUAUAUAUGUGAAAUUACAUUCAUGCAAGGAUUAUUUAUUAAUAUUAUCAAUAUAAAGUGUGUUCAAUAAAGUACUGUGAGUUUUAACUAGAAUUGAGCAUUCUUCUUUACGUGCCUGAAUAAUAAGUGAAAGAAUGAAGAAGACUGAGUCGGCAUCCUGAAGCGUUAAUAUAAGUAACCAUACUACUGACAUAACCCACAGCAUAAGAAAUAACAUCCCACGCCAUGUCAGAGUAGAAGUGUGUUACAGGUAUUUUCGCGAUUCUAUUGUGAGCAGCAGUUGAACAAGCGUAUUGAAAGAUUGAGAUUUAUUCGUAAAUAUUCGAGUUGAACUUUGUUGAAGCUGGUUCUCAAGAUUCUGUAACACUUUCCCAGGACUCACGAGAGAAGUAUUCAGCGAGAAGCACGGGAAGUCGUCACAAACACGGUUUCACCUCAGGGGUCAGAGUUUAACACCGGAGCAAGUAGAGUCGGGUGAUGUCCCUUUCAAGUUGAGCCCGGAGGAGAAAGCCAACCAAGGGAGACUAUUUAGGUAAGACUUUAUACAAAACAAACAAACUAAUACUCAAACAAUUAUUUGUAAGACUAAAGUCUUGUGGGGACGCUAUUAAUAGCAAGUAACACAUUAAAGGGGGCUGAUUGUCCAUCAUUUUUACUAGGGUUGUCUUUGCUUGUCCCAUACAGAGGCCACAGUUCAUAGCCUUAACAGGGAAAUUAAGUAUGAACUAUCGUUGAAAGGACUAGCACAAUCUCAUUUUUUAAGAACACAUUAAAUAAUAUUUUUGUAUAACACAUGUUGUGAAAAGAAAGCAGCCUCACCGGAAGCAAUAUAUAUAUAUAUAUAUAUAUAUAAUACUGAAUCUUUGGAUUUUAAUCGAUUUAACUUAAAUCUGCUACAGGAGAAAGCAAUACUAUUUUAAAUUAUUCUGUACUAUACUAGACUAAAUAAAUCAAUAAUUUUCUCUGUUGAAUUUGCACAGUGUAUGGCCAACAGUUUUUAUUUUGUCUUAUUCUCUUCUCUUUAUGCUUUCAACGAUACGUUGCAGUACUUUUCGGAAUUUUCUUUGCGUCAAUUUUAUACCGCCUACGGGACUCUUUCCCCGGGUUGGAAUUCAGAAUUUACCUUCUCUGUGAUAUACUAUAAUCAGUAUACUACAUAUUCUCCUGUACCGUAUGAUGCUUGCUAUACUAUGUUAUGCCUUAUAUUCUAUUAUAUAAGAUGUUGUUGAAUAAUUGUAAAUGUGUAAAGCUUAUUUAAUUUAAUAGUUAUGUGUAUAGCUGUCAAAGCAACUGUUAAUAGAUGCGUACUGUAUCAUCCUCAUAUACAAGCAUCACACCUUCCCCCACAUAUAAUCAUAUAAUUACCACCCCCUUCUCCCACCUGCCAGGUAUUACUUGGAGAAACUCACAGGUUACAACGGCACGGAGGUCAACCAGGACAUCCUAAUGCAGCUGAAAGUCGCAGACGGUAGAUACCUGCAUAGAAUACCGUAUGUCACCUAUGUUUGAUAUUGUCAUCUGUAUCUUUACAUAAUUCCGUAUGUAUCUGUGAAAGUUUAUAUAUCUCUAAAAUAUAUCGUGUGUAUGUUGACUUGGUCGAUAUCCGUACACGAUAUAUAAGUAUGUGGAACACACUAUAGUAAGGGUUACAUCAUGUACAAUUGUGGAUUAGUCAGAUCUAUCUGUCCAAUAUAGCUUUGGUAUAUAUGUGUGAAAUAUGUGUGAAAUAUGUGUGAAAUAUGUGUGAAAUAUGUGUGAAAUAUGUGUGAAAUAUGUGUGAAAUAUGUGUGAAAUAUGUGUGAAAUAUGUGUGAAAUAUGUGUGAAAUAUGUGUGAAAUAUGUGUGAAAUAUGUGUGAAAUAUGUGUGAAAUAUGUGUGAAAUAUGUGUGAAAUAUGUGUGAAAUAUGUGUGAAAUAUGUGUGAAAUCACACAAGCACGCGCAUAAACACAAACAUAUAAAUAAUAUGUAUGCAUAUACACGGUGACGUACGGCGCUGCCAAUGAACAUACAUUCAGACACGUGUCUGCGCUUACAAAAGACUGCUAUGAACAUACAUUCAGACACGUGUCUGCGCUUACAAAAGACUGCUAUGAACAUACAUUCAGACACGUGUCUGCGCUUACAAAAGACUGCUCUCAAAGUUUCUUAUGUUGACUAACUGACGCCCUGUUAGAUUAAAUACCAACGACGGAGCUGUCUUUUCUACUUAGAAAGUAAACUUGAAAUCAUACUUAAAAGCCAGCUCAUCAAAAGCAUUCGCACAGUGGUUCUCAUCGAUUAACACUUCGAAAAUCGACUCAAAUAUUUCUAGGGAUUUCUCUAAGGUAUAAGGCAUCAUAUUUGAUGUCUACGUAUUGUUUAUAAGUUUAAUUAAAAAAAUGUUAAUCUAAUUCAGCAUUACGGUUGAAGGAAAAAUUAUCAACUUAUUGGAAUUAAUAUAACUGUUUAAUCGGGCAUGGAGUAUUAUAAUUAACAAUUAAUAGAAUCAGAGCACUAUCUUAAUAAAUGAUAUGUCGAGUUCAAAGUCUUCAUCUUUACCCUCAGUGUGAACGAGGCCCUGGACAUGGUUGCCACGCCCGACGGCAAGGAGUUCUUGAAGGCUAUUGACCUCUUUGACUAUGCUACGGCCCCUGACACCAGUUUCCUAACACUCCUGGAGAGCAACUUAGGGCCCUAUUCGUGAGGGCAUUUUGUUAAUUAAACAAUUUAAUGACAUUUUUUGUUGAUGAUUAAGCCUUUGUUGCAAUACGAUUCUAUAAGGCACCAGACAUACAUAAAUUGCGAAAUUCGAGCAAAGAAUUAUGAGGACAAAUAAUAGUUUAAUAGCGAAUUUUGGAAAACUUGAUAUCCGGGCAAAUUAAGAAUUUGAGGUCUGAAACCUAGCCCCUCUAUUUCCAAUAAGGUCUCAAAUCUUGCCUCUUUCCACAACAUGGUCUCUCAUCAAGCAUCAAUUCAUAAUAGGGCCUCUAACCUCGUCUCAAUUCCAAAUAAGCCUCAUCCCGCAUUCAGUACUUAACUGUAUAUUUAAAAAAAAACACCCAUAGAUUAUAUAAUAUAUUUACUGGUACUACCAUUAAUAUUUGACGAAAAAAUUUAUUUGUUCAAAAACUUUUUUUCUCUAAUUUGAUGUUUGAUUUUGUCAUGUUUUUACAUUUUGAUUUUACACUGCUAAUUUUGACCCACAGAGGCAAUUAUGUCGUCUACCAGAUCAAGGAAGGCAUGUCGGCGGUACCACAAGGAAUGAUCCGAGCUUUCUUAAAUGCCAGUGACAGGUCAGAAUUGAGCAUGUCGUGACAUCGUGUUGCUAUAAUGUCAUGAUUUAAACCAGUGUUUUUUUAAGACAGUUUUAAAUUUGGUUGGGCACUGCCCACCAACUUGCAAGAAAAGUACCCAAAAGCCAAAAGAAAAAUGUGUACAAAAUAUAUAUAUAUAUAUAUAUAUAUUGUAUGUGAUAAAAAAACGACCAGAUCGCCAUUUUUAUGACAUUUUUAGAAUUAAUACAGACGUUUGCUCAUCUCCGAAAAAAAUUUGUUGAAGCUAUGAAAUAUCACCAGGCUCGAUAUACCAGAACGAAAAGUUUAAAAACAUAUCUGAAUGUAUUGUACUUAAAUGUAAUUUUGAGUUCUUAUUUCUAACGUACCUGGAAAGACGAACAAUUCAAUCACAAAUGAAUAUAAGAAAUUAAGGGAGACAUGCCGUGAACUCAUUGUAUGGGGAUUAUCACAUUACAGUGGAGCGCGGUAUAGCGGGGUUCACCUGCACACAAUUUGAGAUGCACAAUGUUUUUGGUCACGUAAUGAUUUUAAUGUUUUGGAUUAAGGAACUGUUUUGAUUGUUUAAACAUGCAAUGAUGCAAUAGUUCCUAUCGAUAGAACUUCGCAUCGAUGCUGACGUCCUCGUUGUCCAUGUACCAGGCAGAUGUUGCACUGGUCUGCAACGUAAUUUAUGUUAUCUACGUGCAGCUUCAGUCUGGCAAUUAAUCGAUAUUACUGGUCAAUUAUUUUAAUUACCUGCGGUUUUACUCACCUGUUCUUUUACACACCUGUUAUUUUACUCACUUUUUUAAAAUCACAUCGUGUUAUACUCUCCUGUUAUAGCACUCACCUGUAAUAUUACUCACCUGUUAUAUCACUCACCUGUAAUAUUACUCACAUGUCAUUCAACUUAAACGUUAAAUGUUUUCACACUCUAUUUUACUCACCUUUCAAUGGUCUCCACCUACAGCCACGCGCUGUCACUCAACAACCGCCUGGUGUCCAUCACUCGUAACAAUGCAGGCGAUUACGUACUAACCUUCCAGCAGACACAGACAAUAGAUGGCGUCACAAAUGAUAUGGUGAAGCGGGAGUUUUUUUUUAAAUCCAAAUUUAAUUUUUUUGUAAUCCAUCAUUUUUUUUUUUUUUUGGUCGUACUGUGGAGGAUAGAUAAUAAUAUCGCGGACGUAAAAUGCCUUAUUUGUAAAUUGCACUAUCUAAACAGCAGUGUUUCAUUUUUUGUUUCAAAAACUGUUCGUUUUCAAACAAUAGAUGAUUAGAGCAUUAACUAGAAUUUGAAUUCACUGUCUUUGAAGCCAUACAUUGUUCAAUAGAUCUUGUAAUUAACCAGGUUUCCGAUUGCAAUGUUUCAGCGUGGCUACUGCAUGUAUCGUACGAAUCUAGUUGUUUUUUUUCAAGAAAGGUGUGAGGGAUGUCGGAAUUAUUUUCCGUUGAUUGUCAGCAAAGUCGCCAGGCAAUGAGCAUAGUGUAUGAUGCUAAUGUUGAAAAGAGACGGAGGCAUUUCAAAUAACCGAUACUUAGGAUAAUUGGCGUUUGGACGUAGGACGCUGUAACAUAAUUUUUAAAAUAAUAGUUCUUUCUUAUAAAGAAUUAAUUGAUAGAUUACCCUUAGCAACAGAUGUUAUAGUUAAUGUUUUUUUUGUUUUUUUUAAAUAUCUUUGGUGUGGUCAAUCGAAAAAUUAAAGAAAAGAAAGCAGCGAAAGCUUCUAACAAACAUAAACGUUUAUCGUUAAACUAAUGAUUACACACCGAUGGUUAAGGACAUUUAAUCCUAAGAGACUGGGUAUCAUGAAUGAAGCAUUAUGAAUACUUUCCUGUUAUACCACACAUCAAGCGACGCGGCCAGUGUUUGUGCAGCCCUGGGCUAGCGAAGAUUUUUUACGGCACAGUUAUUUUUUUUUUUUUUUACCAAAAGGGGAAAAAACAACAACAAAUGAAUUCAGGAAAUGCGCUCCCUUCAAUGUAAAGAAAAAGUGCAUCUUUGAGUGGACAGCCUGCGCCUCACCCCACCCACCCCCCUUCCGUACGCCACUGCACAUACAUUAUUUGUCGAUCAGAGCAAAGAUUCUGAACAUUUGCAUCAGAUGUCAAACAAUUUAGAACUGUUUAACGAUAUAAUCAACCUAACAUCAUUUAUUUUCAGACUUUGUUUAGGAAUUUUUUAAUCGUAUCUUUUUUUCUUUUUUUUUUAAAACAGAAUUCAAUUACCCAGCUACUGUUUCAUUGAUUUCACCCACCCUUACUAGCCUCAUGUCAUUUUUUUUUGUCUAGGCGUCAAGCUUAACUGUCUGCGCCAAGAAAGUCAUUGUAGCCAUACCGAAGUUUGCUCUCAGUGCACUGGAGUGGGAACCGCUGCUGUAAGGGCGAUUGGAUUCUCUAGGAAAUUGAAUCUUAUCAAAACAGUUUGUCAUUAUAAAGAAAUUACUAACAUAACGUUAAAUCAUAAAAAAUGGAGGUGGGAGGGGGGUGUGUCUUCAACCUCCUUGCAACGCUGAACCUAUCAUGAUUUCAAUUUAUUUACCGCGCCAAAAAACGAUUUCAAAGCAUUUUUCUCGCAACCCCACAAAUUCUGAUAGAUGUACAAUGAAAAUUAAAGUGUAUUUUAUGCAUCUUCUCGUUACCCAUGACACCCCUUCCAGUUCCCUGGUUAAGAACCCCUGUGCAAAAUCUUGCUUAAAUUAAUUAAAAGCAUUGUCGUGUCAAUAUUACCUUUUUAAUUGAUUACUAUCAUUCCAAUAUCCUUUCAUAACUUGAAUAUUCUAAUUUAGGGUUAUGGAAUCUUAAUUUUUUUCUUGAAUGGCCAGCUAAUUUUAUAACCUAUAUCUACUAACACAACAUUUUGGAAGUCGCUUUUCAUGGGAGCUUUGUUUCAAAAAAAAAAAAAAAAAAAAAAAAAAUUUUAAUUUAGGGUUAUGGAAUCUUAAUUUUUUUCUUGAAUGGCCAGCUAAUUUUAAAACCUAUAUCUACUAACACAACAUUUUGGAAGUCGCUUUUCAUGGAAGCUUUGUUUCAAAAAAAAAAAAAAAAAAAAAAAAAAGAAAGUACAACAGGUAUCUUUCAAAGAGCCGUAUGCGACCCCGAGAAGAGUUUAACCGACCAACACUCGAGUUCUUUGGUUCAGUUUGAAAUGAACAGCACAAGUUUACUUUACAUAACGUUUUUUUUUAAAAAAAGUCUUAGUAGAAAUAUAAUCGUGUCCUUAAAAAAUAAGUUAAGAGCAAGCUGCCGUUACCAGGGUAAUCAAUUUAAUUAUUUAAGAAAUUACUUGUUUUCGGUGUUUGGAGUUUAUAAAAAACUUUCCAGGAAUGACCCAAAAGGUCAAGACUUUCGACCAUUUCAAAUUUGGUUUUGAUCCAUUGCUUGGUUUUAACGUUUAUUAUUUAAAAUUUGCAAAUACCUGUACACAUAUGCUCACCUAUAUAAAUUAUGUCUCACUGAGAUUUAUAUAAUAAAUAAAUUAAAAUGCUUUCUUAUUGCCACCGAGUUUUGUAUUUAUGACAGAGAUGGCAGAGUAAACGAAGCUAUCAACGCAGUCCGACCGGUUGUUGGCUGCAAGGUUUUCAUGAGCUUCACGGAGCCCUGGUGGUUGAGCAACGCCUCUGCCAACCCUUCCUACAUCACCAACUCCGAUAUGAACUUCAGUAAGUUCUUCCACUGGGGGCGCUCGAACACUUCCGGUGCCUACGUCAUACUGGCCAGCUACGCGGAUGAAAACAAGGCGAUGUACUUAAGUAACGUCAACGCCCAAGGCAACGUCAUCAGCGGUUCUCCUAAUGGUGUCAACAGGGUCACUGAAGCGCUCAAGAACGAUCUUCUAGAUCAGCUGUCAACGGUUUAUGGAAUAGCCCGGAAAUCCAUCCCAGAACCGCUGUCGGCAGCAUCCAUGUUCUGGAAAGAUUAUCCUUUUGGAGGGUCUUGGUCACUUUGGAAAUAUGGAUACCGUUACGAUGACGUCAUAUCCACCGUGCAGCGUCCGUCUUUGACGGAUGACGUGUUUCUGGUAGGGGCAGACCACGCUCGUGGUCACCAUGUUGGAUGGUCUGAGGGCGCCUAUGUGACCGUGGACCGAGUGUUAAAUCUGUACUUCUUUUAAUUUCUCACUUAAGCAGUAAAGAUUGAAAUAGCAUAACACUAAAUUAACAUGGCGUAUUUCGUAUUUUUGUCUAUAUUUUAUUUAUUUCGUGUGUUAACUGUAUAAAUCAAAUCUAAAUACCACUUUUUGACACUUGCUUGACUACCUGGCUACUUACUAGUUUCCAAGAACAAGUCCUAUACAGUUGAAUUUUUCGAAGAUGAUUCCUCUAUAACUUUUGUAGAGGUGCACUAACAUUUUAAAAUAAAAUCACCGUUAAUGUGGCCUAAAAGGACCAUGGGCCAAAACAUGGCCAC